AUGAAUCAACAAAAAAUUUCAUUCUUCCCAGCAAUUUAUCUUACUCUCUUGGUUUCUUUUUCACUAUGGUCUUGCUUGCUCACUUCAGGACUUUCUGCAACUGAAGCUCUUCUCAAAUGGAAACAAAGUCUCCCAAACCAACCAAUCUUGGAUUCAUGGGUCUCUCCAUCACCUCACAGCAGCAUCAGUGCAGAUCAAUCCCCAUGUUCAUGGCAUGGAAUCAAGUGUGAUUAUUCUGGAAGUGUGGUUGAACUUGACUUGAGUCACACUGGUCUUCGAGGUACUCUUGAAAACUUGGACUUCUCAGCCUUUCCAAAUCUUCUCCUUUUUAAUCUCAAAUUCAAUCAACUGACUGGUCCCAUACCAGAAACCAUUGGGUUGCUCUCAAAACUCCAAUUCCUUGAUCUUAAUCGUAAUCAUCUCAAUGGCACUAUACCUCUUUCUCUUGCUAAUCUUACUCAACUCUAUGAGCUUGACCUUUCAUGGAAUGAACUAACUGGGAUAUUAGAUCCUCGUCUAUUCCCUGAUGGAACUGAUGAUCAACCCAAAAUUGGAUUGAUAGUGAUGAAAUAUCUUUUGCUCCAAGACAACUACCUUGGUGGAAAAAUUCCAAAUGAAAUGGGGAAUUUGAAGCACUUGACUAUCCUAUAUCUGGAUGGCAUAAUUCCCUCAAGUCUAGGUAGACUAACCAAUCUAACUGUGAUGCGUUUCCAAGAGAACCAUUUUUAUGGCCCUUUACUAGAAGGAUUUGGAAACAUUUCUUUUACUAUCAUGCUUCUAUCUCAAAACAAUUUCAGUGGCCAGUUACCAUCACAAAUAUGCAGAGGUGGUAAGCUUGUCAAUUUCACUGCAGCUAACAAUAGUUUCUCUGGUCCAAUUCCCAUUAGCCUAAGAAACUGCCCUUCAUUGUAUAGACUUCGACUUGAACAUAACCAAUUGACUGGUUAUGUAGAAAAGGAUUUUGGAGUGUAUCCUAAUCUUACUUACAUUGACAUCAAUUUCAAUAAGGUGCAAGGUGAGCUUUCUGCAAAUUGGGGUGCCAGCAAGAGCUUGCAAGCUCUUAUCAUGGCUGGAAAUUCCAUAGGUGGAAAUAUUCCCAGUGAGAUCUUUCAAUUAAAACAGCUAGGAAAGCUUGACUUGUCUUCAAAUCAAAUAUUCGGUGAGAUUCCUCCCCGAAUUGGAAAUACCUCCAACUUGUACCUUUUAAAUCUGAGCAAUAACAAUCUUUCAGGGAUGAUACCAGUGGGAAUUGGAAAGCUUUCAAAUUUGAAUUCAUUAGAUUUGUCCAUGAACAACCUAAGUGGACCGAUCCCUCAUCAGAUAGGGGAUCUUUACAGGUUGUUCAAUUUGAAUUUGAGCAACAAUAACUUCUCUGGCAAAGUUCCAUACCAAAUUGGAAAUCUUGAGUUCUUGCAAGAAUUUUUAGACUUGAGCUAUAAUUUACUUUCUGGAGAAAUCCCUGUGGAUCUUAGUAAACUCAACAGAUUGAUAAGCUUGAACAUGUCUCAUAAUAAUUUUUCAGGUCCUGUCCUUGAUUCCAUAACAACAAUGUUAAGCUUGUCAAGCCUCAAUCUCUCUUACAACAUGUUAGAAGGUCCUGUAUAG